AUGAGUUCUUCAUCAAGCUCUCGCGAACCUUCACCAUCUAUGAAACAAACUUUACCAAACGAUUAUGGAGCACCUAUUGAAUAUUUCUUACGAGCUGCACAAUGGCAAAGAGCAGUCUCACCAAGGUUAGGUGUUCCACCAGCUCCUGUCAAAAAUAGCAUUUGGUCAAGUCCUUAUAUAAGAUAUGGUCUCCCACUAGGUUUGCUAGCUACAGCAGGAGCAGUUAUGAUGUUGAAAAGAAACAAAGCAAAUGUUGUAAAUAAUACUGAAGUAGCUGAAGUUAAACAAACUCCAACACCUUCACAAGCAAAACCUUCAAUGACUCCUGAACCUAUGAAAGUACAAACUCCUGUUCAAAAGUCAACUCCUAAACCGACUCCAACAUUUAAACCAGAACCUACUCCUCAAAUAAAUCGUAAAACUCCUGCGUUUCCUUACUGA